ACUAGCUUCCUCUGCUAAAAUAAGAAGCUGUGCUACACUUGGGACCAAGUCUGGGAAUGGAACAGGUGGGAGGGAGUGGUCACAGUCCAGACUGUUAAGGACUUCAGCAUGGAUGCAACAGGCGACCCUUGGGGUGACAUACCAAACUGGGUCAGUGCCACACCAGGCUCGUGUAGUGAUCUGUGGGGGAGGAGUCAUGGGCUGCUCUAUUGCAUACCACCUGGCAGAGGCUGGCUGGACAGAUGUGCUGGUAUUAGAGCAGGGCAGUAUAGGGUGUGGUUCAUCCUGGCAUGCCUCGGGGCUGGUGGGUCAGAUUAAGAACAGUCCCCACGCCACACGGCUGUGUAUAGAAAGUGUGGACCUGUACAAAGAGCUGGAGGAUCAAGGCCACAGUGUAGGCUGGAAAGGAGUAGGAAGUCUCAAUGUGGCCCGGACGGAGGAUCGGAUGAUUCUGUUUGAGAGACAGAGGGUCCAGACUCAAGGUCAGGGUUUGGAGUGCUAUAUCAUCUCACCAGAAGAGGCCAAAAAUAUCUGUCCACUGAUCCGCCAUGAGGACAUCAAGGGUGCACAGUGGGUGCCAGGGGAUGGAGUUGUCUCCCCUACUGAUGUAGUGAACACACUCGCAAACCUGGCCAAGCAGAGAGGGGUGAAAAUUAUUGAACAUUGCCAGAUACAGCGUAUUUUGACAGAGAAGUAUAAAGUGAAAGGAGUAGAGACUAGCAUGGGCUCUAUCAAGUGUGAAUACUUUGUCAACUGUGGUGGACAGUGGGCAAGGGAGAUUGGCCAGAAAUCACGACCAAAAGUGCGUGUGCCUCUUCAUUCAUGUGAACAUUAUCAUAUUCUGACCAAACCUAUAGAGGAGGUAGACCGCCUCAUGCCGGUGGUGAGAGACUAUGACGGGCGUGUGUAUGCAAGGGAGUGGGGUGGUGGGUUGCUAGGAGGGGGAUUUGAACUGGAGGCUAAACCAGUCUUCCACGAAGGCAUUCCAGAGAAGUUUGAGUUUCAGCUCCUACAGGAAGAUUGGGACCAUUUCCAGGUGCUACUGGAUCCGCUAUUGCACCGGUUCCCCGUGAUGGAACAAGCUCAUGUCCAACAACUGACAAAUGGGCCAGAGAGUUUCACGCCAGAUGGAGACUGGAUCGUGGGGGAAUCCCCAGAGGUGGACAAUUACUUUGUGGCAGCAGGGAUGAACUCAGCUGGGUUUGCCGGGGGAGUAGGGGUGGGCAAGCGCAUAGCACAGUGGAUCAUGGAAGGGGAGCCAAGCACUGACUUCUCCUCUCUGGACAUCCGGCGAUUUGUGGACCUCCAUAAUAACAAACGUUACCUCAGGGAUCGUGUCACAUACACAUUAGGUUAUCAUGCUAAGCUGAUGUACCCAAACCUGAGAGAUGAGGCUACAGGACCCACCAGGCUGCGAACAUCUGUCCUCCACACCCGCCUCAUGGACGCCGGCGCCAUCUGGGGACAGAUCAUGGGUUAUGAGAGAGCCAUGUACUUCACACCUGAUACAGAUGAUUACAUGGACUCCAGUUCUAAGCGCCCCCAGGGGACGUUCUGUAAACCUAACUGGUUUGACUACGUGGAGGCGGAGUACUGGGGCUGUAAGGAGAGAGUCUGCCUCAUUGAUAUGUCUUCAUUCGCCAAGUUCGAGAUCAAGUCUCGGAAUCAGGAGGCGACAGAGUACCUGCAGUACUUGUGCUCUAAUGACAUAAACAAACCACUUGGCACCAUUAUCCACACCGGGAUGCACAACCUGCAGGGCGGCUAUGAGAACGACACCAGUGUGAUUAGGCUAGAUGAGAACUAUUACUUCAUGAUCUCACCGACAUCUCAGCAAACCCGUGGCCUGAACUGGCUUCACAAGAAACUGCCCAAGGAUAGCUCUGUACAGAUCCGUGACGUUACCUCACUCUAUGCAGGUAUCAAUGUGGUGGGACCCCGGGCUCAAGACUUACUGGCUGAGCUGACAGACGCCUCCACCAAGAAAGCAGACUUUCCCAUCAUGUCCUGCCAGGAGAUAGAUGUGGGCCAUGCCAGUGGGAUCCGAGCCCUCAGAUUGACUCACUCUGGAGAGGACGGCUUCAUCCUCUAUAUACCUUCUGAGUUGACAAUCCAUGUUUACGAUGCGUUAAUGCGAGCAGGCCGAGAUUACGGGAUCAUGAAUGCUGGUUACUACGCUCUGCGAAUUCUCCGCAUGGAGAAGUUCUUUGCUUACUGGGGACUGGAUUUAAGCACUCACACCACGCCACUCGAGUGUGGGCGGGACUUCAGGGUUAGAUUUGAUAAAGACUUUAUUGGGAGGGAGGCAUUGCUGAAGCAGAGGGAGGAAGGGAUCAGUAAGAAGCUUGUGCACUUCACCCUGGUGGAUCAUGACAAGGAGACGGACCUGUGGCCCUGGGGCGGGGAGCCUAUCCUUAGGAACGGGCAGUUUGUGGGCACAACUACCUCCAGUGGUUAUGGCUACAGCCUCCAGAAGAUGGUCUGUAUGGGUUUUGUCAAACAUCUCAAUGACAACGGCGAGGAUGUCGUCACCAAGAACAUGAGUGACUACAUCCUGGACAAGAACGCCACCUACGAGAUUGACAUAGCUGGAAAGAGGUUUGUGGCUCGGGCACGAAUCCAUACACCUCGCGAAGCCCUGACCACCUCAGAACCCCUGUUUAUCCCAGUGCCUGCCCGAAGCCCCAUUUCUGGAACAGCCAGCAGGUGUUAAGGAAUUGGGUUGGGGGGUGUGACCCACACAAGGGCUGCAAUGCUAAGCGUGAUGUUGAACCCUCACAGUGACGUGAUGUGGGCUCAGCCUCAUUUCUCCCUCCCUUGGAACUGUCUUUAGCACUAAGGCUGUAUAUACGUGUGCAUCAGUUAUGAACACCAGGGCAUGGGAUCUACAUCUGUCAUACAACUGGGAGUUAGGCUUACAUCCCUGUGGGGCCUAUGCACAUACUGGUGUGGGAUUUAUACUCAUGGAAUAGUCAUUGAUAUUAUUGGUAGGGGUAAAUUGUAGAUGUUGGACAGGGUAGUCAGCCUACUAUGUUACACUGCAGCUCAUUGUAUACAGGUACAUUAUGUUGUAUGUAAUAUGGAAGCGAACAUAUUUUACCUGUACUACGUGUAUAUAGCACCUGAAAGGCAGGAAUACUGUUUUCUUUCUCUUGUGGGUACUGGGUUUAGAAGCGUAUUUGAUCCUGGUGGAUUAUGCAUGUACCAUGUACUGUGGCACACUGACUGGUAUUUGUAUAUGGUGUAACUGCAUGUUGAUACAUUGAAUGAUCCACUGGGCCUCAGUGUUGUUGUUGUUGAGGUUAUGUAUACAUGCAUAUGAACAGCUGUUUACUGCUUCUUGUCCAUGUGUCUUCUUAAGAACUUCAGCAGGUGCUUGUGGCCUUCAUACUCAUUUCCUCAUAAUGUGUUCUCUUGUCUGAUCACAGGCAAAUCCUGAAUUUUUUUAGUACCGACAAUACAUGUGUUCUGCACCGUGUGAAUAACAUUCAUUGAGAGUUAAGGAAAUUUAAUUUUGUUUUGUGAGGUGUAAUUUGUGUGUUUUGUUAAUGCUGUCAACUGAUUGUUACAUGUAUAUGUGACAUGUGGAUACAUGAAUGUCAGAGAGCUUUUUAGGUUCUAAACAUGUGUGAUACAUGUCAGAAGGCAUAGUUGUUAGAUAGUUGUGUUGUUUUCCUUUUUGAGUCGAAUCAGCUAUGUAUAUUAGUGCUUUAUAUCAUAUAAGGUUUGAUUUUAAUUGUCCUGUAUGUGUCAUGUCUGCCCGGUAUGUGUCAUACCUGUGCGGUGUGUGUCAUACCUGCCCGGUGUGUCAUACCUGCCUGGUGUGUGUUAUACCUGCCCGGUGUGUCAUACCUGCCUGGUGUGUGUCAUACCUGCCCGGUGUGUGUUUUUUGUUGGGAUAUUACUGAUUUGUUAUUCAUACAACUUCCGCUGUUGUGAUUGUUUACCAGUCCCUACGAUUAGGAAAAAAUUCUAAUCAUCAUGACAAAAUUUGGUUUUAAGGAAUUUAUUUUCAUUGUUAAUUAUGAAAUCCUCAAUAUACAGUGCUUUCUGCUUGGUUUAUAUAAAUUUAUAUGAGUGUAUAUAACUAUGUGUAUAUUUUUAACUGUGUUGAAACGAAAGACCUUGUCUGUAGCCAGAUGUAAGAACUGUUCCUUCCAAUUGCCUUCACUCAGGAAUUGUUCCUCCGAGUCAUUGAUCGUCUAAAAACAAAUCUCAAGACUUAGAAUAGCAUACUACUAAGUUUAGUGUGAAGUUAUGACGGUAAAAAAAUGUCCCAUUAAUUAGAAAAUGAGCAACUUUACAUUACAGCUUUUAUAUUAGUAUCUAUUGAAUGAAUUUUCCUUCAUUGCCCAAUAAUUGAAAAUAGAAAAGCUUAAUUGUAAUGCACCGGUCAUUAAAAGGAAAAGACAGCAGAUAUGAAAUAUGAAUGCUGAAAAUUAAUGUAGUGUCAAAACUGUGAAAUGAAUAUUGGUCAUAACAUGUAAGUGGAUUUAUUUUGGCAGCUGUUGUGAUCUCAAAUAUACCAAAUUCAGGAACUACCUUCCUACAUGUACCUGAUGAGAUGCUUGCUAUGACCUGCCUAAAAUAUCUGAUUUGCUGUGUUUUCCUUUAUAAAGAUUAUUGUAUUGUUUGAUGUGCGUAGCAGUGGAUUAGUGCUUAAUGUACUUUUACUUUAUUUGUAUGUUUACAAUAUACUGUUUAAAACAUCAGGUAGAUAUUCCAGUUCAUGUUGAUGAUUCUUGGUAUAUAUGAAGGAACAAAAAAGAAAUACAGUUCGGCCGUUCAUGAUGUGUCAUGAUAAUUGUCAGAAUCGUGCAGGCACUCCACAUUACCUGUGUGUGAGUUUGGUGUGUGUUUACCUAUGGUUGAUGACAAUGACCGAUACCUGUUAUUUUUGGCUUUCCAAACAGCCUAUGCCUAUAGGGGCAUAAAAUCGUGAACAAUAUGAACACAUGUACUACGUGGACUUUGGUGUUAGUGUACAGAGAUUUAGUAUCUAUCAGUUUUCAGUUCAGUUAAUAGUAUUUUAUAAUGACAGUGUGCCGGUGCUGUUGUGAAAAUUCAGCUGUAUUUCUCUCAUAGAUUUCAGCUGUAAAAUGAUGAGAGCAGAUACAGCUGUUUUGGGUGGGUUCUGACAACUAAAGAUUGGACUUAUGUGACAUAAUUUGGAGGGGACUAAAGAGUGUUGGCGGAAAAUAUGCAUAAAACCAGCUUAUUAUCUAGUGAUUUUAAGAGCUAUAGUACUCAAGUUAUUGUACCUUUUUUCAAUAUUUUUUUACACUUAAUUUAACAGUUCAUACAGGCGUAGCUAAUUAUGAAUAAAUAAUAAACAGGCAUUAAUCUUUUAAGUAAUUUUCAUGAAACUCGUGAAUCGGGCACAUCUAGUCAUGAAGAAGAAACCGGUGCUUUUCAUUGACCCUGACAUGUCUUAUCACUGAAUUGCGUGCUAUUUAUUGUAUACUUGGAUGUGCACUUAAUGACCCCUCUAGAAGUAAGUCUGAAUAUCAGCUGACUUUUGUGCAGGUAGAGUGAGCUGCUAUGGAAACGUACAUACAUAUUUGCUAUAAAAGUUGCUCAAUUAAACGUACGUUGCCAGUAUUAGCAACAGUAUGAAGGUAGAUGUAUGUAAAGUGGAUGUAUACAUGAACAACUGAUCGUCUGUUCAAAGUUAUUUCUGUAUGAACUUGAAGCAUAUUUGCUUGUGUCUUGACUUUUUGUAUUUUAAGGUUGCAUGUAUGACAGUCUUAAAUUUUAUCAUAUUGUAGAGUAAUAGAAUCAAAGAAAAGAUUAAAAAGGAAUUCUUUGAGCAGCAGCAGCAGCAGCAUGUAAUGUCUUAUGCUACAUACAUGACAUACAGAUGUGAGAGCACUGGUCAAGAUGAAGCAAGGUCUUGGCUCAACAGUUUGAAUGUUCCUGUCAUGGCUGUAAGACUUUUGAUGUCUUCUGCCUUCUGUCAUCAUGGCUGUAGGCUGUAAGGGCUGAAGGGUCUUCUGUCAUCAAAGCUGUAGAGUCUUAUGCCUUCUGUCAUAGUGGCUGUAGGCUGUAAGGGCUGUAGGGUCUUAGUUUUCUGUCAUCGUGGCUGUAGGCUGUAAGGGCUGUAGGGUCUUCUGCCUUCUAUCAUCAUGGCUGUAAGCUGUAAGGGCUGGAGGGUCUUAUGCCUUAUUUCAUCAUGGCUGUAGGCUGUAAGGGCUGUAGAGUCUUCUGUCAUCAAGGCUGUAGGGUCUUAUGCCUUCUGUCAUCAUACCUGUAGGCUGUAAGGGCUGUAGAGUCUUCUGUCAUCAAGGCUGUAGGGUCAUGCCUUCUUUCAUCAUGCCUGUAGGCUGUAAGGGCUGUAGAGUCUUCUGUCAUCAAGGCUGUAGGGUCUUAUGCCUUCUAUCAUCAAGGUUGUAGGCUGUAAGGUCUGAAGGGUCUUAUGCCUUCUGUGAUCACGACUGUAGGCUGUAAGUGCUGAGAUAUACUUGAUCUGGCUAUAAAUGUGGCGUAGCUCUACAGUGUAUUAACUGCAUUCUUAUUUCUUUGUACACAAGGCAGCUGAAUGUAUCAAUUACUUUAUCAUGCCAUGAUAUUACAAUGUUAAUGCCACAUGUUUUAUAUAGAAUAGUUUGCUGGAGUGUAGAUAAAUGUCAUGAGAAAUGUUGAUCUUCCAAACAAAUAUCAAUUUUUUGAGUAAGUAUGUGGAGGAAGUCACUUACAAUGUAAUCCACAGAAUUACCCUUCAGUGUGUUGCAGACAAGGUAAGACAUGAUUAUAAUUAUUUUCGUGGCCAAACAAUUAGCCAGUGGUACAGGUGCAACUUUUCUGGUUUAAUUAUUAAGUACAUGCAAUUUAAUCGCAUUUCCAAUUGUGACCGAUUCAGCAGGACAUGUAUAUAUAUAUUCAUGCUGUAUGUAUCUAGUUAGUAAUGUGAAUGCAUGUAGGGUAGUAAUAUGUUCUGCCUGCUUUGUAAGCUACAUGUGUGUACAUCCAUGUAUGACGCAUACGGAGUACUCUGUAUGUACUAGCUCAGCUUUUUCAUCAUGAAGUGUAAUCAGCUUGAGGGACAAAUAAAAAGUUUGCAUUUU